AUGGCUGGAAAGGUGUGCUUGUGCCCGCUCUGGAGCCUCAGCUGCCAUGCAGAAGACUUUGGAUCCUUCCUGAGCAGUGGGGAGCUGCUGGAAACUUGUAGGCAGCAGCAUGGUAACCUAAGCUCUGUGCUUGGGCAGCAAGCAUAUAGAAAUCUAUCCCAGCUUCCCUAUGGCAAGGCCCUCUACAGCUAUGAGGGGAAAGAACCUGGUGACCUCAAGUUCAAUAAGGGGGACAUCAUCAUCUUGCGGCGCAAGAUGGAUGACAACUGGUACCAUGGAGAGCUUCAGGGCAUACAUGGCUUCCUCCCAGCCAGCUAUAUCCAGUGUGUCCGGCCCUUGCCGCAGGCCCCACCCCAGGGCAAAGCACUUUAUGAUUUUGAGAUGAAGGACAGAGACCAAGACAAGGACUGUCUGACCUUCACCAAGGACAGAUGAAUUUUGACUGUGAUCCGAAGGGUGGAUGAUACUGGGGCAGAAGGCACAAGCUGGGAACAAGAUGGAAUUUUCCCCCUACUGUAUUGGGAGCUCAACGACUCCGCCAAGCAGCUCAUUGAGAUGGACAAGCUGUGCCCAGCUGCCACUGCUGCAUCUAGCUGUGAUGCCCCCUUGUCCUCUGAUCCCAGCACGGUUGCCAGUGCGGCUCCAGGCCUCACUCUAAGCUGCUCAGGGGCAGUCAGUGCCUUUCAGCGGCGUGUGGACAGCAAGAAGAAUGCCAAGAAGCGCCAUUCCUUCACUGCACUCAGUGUGACACACAAAUCCUCACAGGCCGCCAGCCACAGGCAUUCCAUGGAAAUUAGUGCUCCAGUGCUGAUCAGCUCCAGUGACCCCCGUGCUGCAGCCAGGAUUGGGGAGCUUGUUCAUCUGUCCUGCACUGCACCCACCCAGGACCCCUCCUCGGCUGGACCCAUCCCCAUAGCCACUCCUCGAGCUGCUGCAGUUGCUGGAGAACAGAGCACAUCUUCCAAAGUCCAGCUGCCCCUCAAUGUAUACCUGGCACUCUAUGCCUACAAACCCCAGAAGAACGAUGAGCUGGAGCUGCGCAAGGGUGAGAUGUACCGGGUGCUGGAGAAGUGCCAGGAUGGCUGGUUCAAGGGGGCAUCGCUGAGAACUGGGGUCUCUGGUGUGUUCCCUGGAAAUUACGUGACACCUGUAUCCAGGGUUCCUGGAGCAGGGUCUGGGUCACCCCGGAACAAUGUGCUUGGAGGGUCUUCGCUGGCCAAAGGGAUGACUACCACCAUGCACCCCAGCAGUGGAAGUCUGAGCAGUUCAGCCACUGCUACCAGACCAACCCUUCCACAUACCACUCCACAGGCCCAUGCCCAGCACCCAACAGCCUCCCCACCAACAGGCAACUGCCUUCGGCACACAGCUCAGACAGCAGCCAGCCAGGCUCGGGGCAGCAUCCCAACAGCUGCCCAACCCUCGACCCAGGCCCAGGACCGACCAACUGCCACCGUGUCGCCCCUGCGCACUCAAAACUCUCCAUCCCGCCUGUCUGCCACCAGCCUCAGGCCCCGCUCCAUGGUGUCCCCGCAGCACGGCCAGCAGCCCCCAGUUCAGAUGUGCCCCCGGCCAGCUGUUCCCCUCACAUCAGCAGCGUCAGCCAUCACACCUCCCAAUGUCAGUGCUGCCAACCUCAAUGGGGAGUCUAUAGGGGCGCCUGUCAGUGGCCUGGCCACACCUAGCCCCAUGAACACAGGGUGCAAGCCAGAUGAGAAGAAAAAUGAAAAGAAAGAGAAGAAGAGUGGGCUGCUGAAACUUCUAGCUGGGGCAUCCACCAAGAAGAAGUCACGCUCCCCACCGUCCAUCUCUCCAACCCACGACUCCCAGGUGGCCAUGGAUUCCUCCCUCCAGGGCGCCAUGGGCCCCGAAGUGUCUCCGCUGUCCAUCCUUGGCAGGGCAGGCUCCUGCCCCAUAGAGAGUGAGAUGCAGGGGGCUAUGGGGCUGGAGCCACUGCACAGAAAGGCAGGCUCUUUGGAUCUGAACUUCUCUUUGUCCCCUUCCCGCCAAGCACCUCUUUGCAUGGCUGCCAUCCGCCCCGAGCCCAAGCCGUUGCCUAGAGAGAGGUACCGUGUGGUGGUCUCCUACCCUCCGCAGAGUGAGGCGGAGAUCGAGCUGAAGGAAGGUGACAUUGUCUUUGUGCAUAAGAAACGUGAGGACGGCUGGUACAAGGGGACCCUGCAGCGGAAUGGCCGCACGGGACUCUUCCCAGGCAGCUUCGUGGAGAGCUUCUGA